AUGGCCCGUACAAAGCAAACUGCCCGUAAGUCAACUGGAGGAAAGGCUCCCAGGAAGCAGCUGGCUACUAAAGCUGCCAGGAAAAGUGCUCCCUCCACAGGAGGUGUUAAGAAGCCUCACAGAUACAGGCCUGGUACUGUGGCUUUGAGAGAAAUUAGGAGAUACCAGAAGUCCACUGAGCUCCUGAUUCGCAAGCUUCCAUUCCAGCGUUUGGUGAGGGAAAUUGCUCAGGACUUCAAAACUGACCUGAGGUUCCAGAGUGCAGCUAUUGGUGCUCUGCAGGAAGCAAGUGAGGCAUACCUGGUGGGUCUCUUUGAGGACACCAACCUGUGUGCUAUUCAUGCAAAGAGAGUAACAAUUAUGCCCAAGGACAUCCAGCUAGCAAGAAGAAUCCGUGGGGAACGUGCUUAA